CACUCGGUACGGUACGGCUUUUCAUCCGGCUCUCUGGUGCGCGUCGUGUCACGAUCGUCGUCUCGCUGCUUUUCGCGCUGCAUGUUUACGAUAUACGUCGUGCAUGCGCUUUGCAAGAGCUAGGAAGCGUGCGGUUCUUUGGCGGUGUUCCUGAUCGCUCGCAAGGUGUUGUACUGGUUCAGUGUGUGCUUUGUUUUUCGGGUGUUCUUGUUGGGAAAAAGAAAAUAAAAAUUAAUAAUCCACCAAUUGGAUCGUGCGCUGGUGUGUGAAGUGAAGUGAACGAUGCCGAGUAGCGUCAACGAUAGAACCGUUCAUAAGCGUUUACAUUCUUUGCGAAGCUAGCGUCCCUGUGCUGUGUGUGUGUAUGUGUUUUUAAAUGCGAUCUACACGAUAAACGAGAAAAACGAGACUUGCCGACACCAGCUUUAAUGUAGCCGGGAUGUUUGAUUGAUUUCUACCUUUUCAAUUAAUCAUUAAUCCAACGAAAGUGACGACUAACGAACACAACAACAAACGGCGAGGAAAGGAAAGCCCCUGGCCAAGAAAAAACGGUGCCUUGCCUCGCUUCGCUUCGUCUCGUUCCUGGUGUGCGUGAUUGGUGCACCGGAACCACCGCCACGGCUGAUCGAGGAUCCCGCGAUCUAUAACGAGCCGCACCGGAAUCGACAACCGACCGAAAAUAUGGCCAACAUUUUCCUGCUCGCACUCGGGGUGCAUCUGCUCUGUCUGCACCGUGCCGGUGCUUCCUGGGGUUCCCCGGAGAGCAACCAGUACCACAUCCAGACGGACGAGGGCCCCGAGCGCUACUUCCGCUACCAGACCGACAAUGGACAGUUCCGCAAGGAGAAGCGGUUACAGGAUGGCACCGUCAUAGGAACGGACGCGUGGAUCGAUGCAUCGGGCUAUCUGCGGCAGAAUGAUUACAUCGCCGAUCACAAGGGAUACCGCAUUUUGAAGUCGAAAACGGUCUACGUUGGUCACGACCGGCCAAUACAGGAUGCGAUUAAGGUGGCCAAGAACAAACCGGCGAGCUCGGGCAUCCUGGUACCGUCGGAUCCUUCCUACGAGCCACCGAAAGCACCGCCACAGUCCUCCCCAUCACUACCUUCCCCUACUCCCUCACAACAUCGACCCUCUUCCGUUCAACCGAUCGCUUUCGUUCCUUCGACGAGCCCUCCUAUCACUCUGCUCCGCCAUCCGCCGACACCCUCCCUAAAUGCGGUCUUCGUUCGGCCACACUCGGAACCGAUUGCCUCCAACUAUCUUCCCUCUGCUCCUCACGACCCUGAACAGCAGCACUAUCCUUCCACUUCGGCCAGACCGCCACCGCUCGAUAUCUACGUCCCUUCGACGACCUACUCUCCACUGACCGGUAAUGAGCUGUCAUCGGCCCCGAUCGCCUUAUACUCACCAUCAUCCACACCGUCGCCACUGCGCGACGGUUCCGAGGCACAUCUACCUCCACUGGUUCUGUACCACAAUGGUCACAUCGAGGCAACAACCUACAAUCCACGCCGUCGAAAGCCUAACCCGGCGGAGCGUCGCCGCCGACCGGUCAGUCCGAUCGUCAUCACCUCCUCAAGACCUUACCUCGAAAGCACGACACCAGCCUCAACGUUUAGCCUCAAGCAGCAGGAACAGCAUCAGCAGCAACAGCUUCAUCUGCUACCACCGUCGACACGGCUCGGCUCGGACAGCAACCUGCUCGAGGACUACAAUCGCGAUCUGAUCGAUGUGCCAGCGAGCCGAUACGAUCGUUACAACAGCCGCUUCAGCAACGGUGGCAUCGGGAACACGGCCAUCCGUCGUACGGACACGGCGGAAUCGCACCCGUACGAUGGGGUCGCCGUGACGAACGAUGGCUUCCGGUACUAUCUACCGCGGCAGUACCACGAGGAGCGCAAUUCGGCCAGCGACACACGGGACGGUUCGUUCGGGUAUAUCGAUCCGUUCGGUAUACGCCGGGUGAUCUACUACAAUACCGACCCGGAGCAGGGUUUCGUGCACAGGAAGAACAAUCGAUUCGUCGGCUUCGAUGCGACACCGUACGAUCCUCGGCCACUCGGUGCGUAGGACGGCGGUCUGGCUCGAUUGGUUAAUUAUUUAUUUUCUGAGCUAACACAUCCAGUCCGCUUAUAUGCAUGCAUACCAUUAGAAGCCCGUAUGACCCCGGGGAAGAUCCCUUCGGCGGCGAUCCCCGCCUGGUUAUCGGAGCUAACCAGCCUAGCAAGGAUUUCAACUCCCGCUAUCUCUCUCUCUUUCUAUCGCUCUCUCUCUCUUCCUCACAACCAAUAACCUCGAACGAUCGAAUCGCGAACGAGCGCGUCUUGGUUAGUAGAGCCACUGUAAGGACGCGAUCGUUUGAGCUGGCAAACAGAGGCGGACGCUCACGAAAGAUACGAUGACCUUUCUUGCUGCUACAUAUGCAGAUCCCUGGAUCAUGUCGGCAUAAAGCUCAUGCAACUUUCAUUGCCAUCCGGCUGAUGGGAUGAAAAUGAUGAAUCUCAUUGAACGCUAAUCCCCGGUUACAGGAGGUCAAAGCCAACUGAAGCAGCGAUCACGAUCAAACUCUAUUUCCACCAUGAACUAACUGAUUGAGCAAUCGUUUGCGACACUGCCUUUGGGUUUUGGAUAGUUUAAGAUCACUUGUCCACCCACCCAAUGCCGAGCAGCAGCAGCAGCAGCAGCAGCAGCAGCAGCAGCAGCAGCAGUGAUCGAUUGUUAAGAGACGCUGUCGGAGUUAUUCCGCACAAUGUGUUUCUCAUUUGGUAGUCACGAUUCAACGCCAACAUCAUACAUUACAGGAAAUGAAUUAACCUACUUAACUCCGGAAAAUGCCCAAACAUGGGACUUCAUAAUGAGCUGACACCAUUUAGCGGGGCUGGCAAGAUAAGGUCAGAUCUCCCAAAAAAAAAAAGGUCACCAUUGCCGUCGCCAGAUUGCUGUUUGCCGC